AGAGAAAAAACAACAACACGAGUGCUUGCUGGUUUGUUUGGUGUGUGUGCGUGCCAGUAAGUCAUAAGCUUGUCGUACGCAAAAGGUUAGUUUCAUAGUCGUGGUGUGCAUCAGCGGAUUUUCUGCUCGUUUUCGCUGAACGGACGUUCACAGGACUCCUGCCGUGGUCGUUCUGUGGUGGUUCCGUCAAUCAAGAUAAUCACUGCCACUGUUACUCAAGAAAUCGAACUUGGGUCUGGAAUGACGGAGCAGGAAGCGUUGAGCGCGGCUGGCGUGGCCCCUGCGGAGCCCAUGGACUCACAGCUUUACUACGUGCGCUACUACUCGGGACACACCGGCCGGUACGGUAACGAGUUUUUAGAGUUCGAAAUCACCGACAACGGCACGCUCAAGUACGUGAACAACAGCAACUAUAGAAACGAGUUCAUCAUCAAGAAGCAGGCGCGGGUUUCCCCUGCGGUCAUUGAUGAGCUGAAGAAGCUCGUUGUGCAGUACGGCGUGUGCGAGAGCGACGAUGAGAAGUGGCCGACUCCGGAUCGCAAUGGGCGACAGGAGCUGGAGAUCCACUUUGGCAACACGCACAUCUCCCUCGUCACGAACAAGCUGACUUCCAUCGGCGACAUCCCGCAGAGCGCGGAGAGCGAAGGCUUAAAGAACUUCUACAACUUUGUCCGCGACGCGAAGGCGCUUAUUUUUGCCCUCGUUUCGAUCCACUUUAAGAUCAAGCCGAUCUAG